GUCCCGCGCCAUCCUUUUCUAGCGACGGAAAUGAUCAGACGCAGAAGUGAAAUACUUGAUAUUACUGUAGAGACGUACCUACUGGCGCAUUAUCCCAAGAUGAAGAACGUCUAUUCGCUGUACCCGCAGAGGAGGUCGUUUCCGCGGAUGAAGGGACAGCAGCUGCAGAAAUUCCCGUGCGGGAACUGCCGCAGCGUGUUUAGCCGGAAAUACAACCUCCAGUAUCAUUUGAAGUUCGAGUGCGGCCAGUCACCGCGGUUCAAUUGUCCUUACUGCGUGUACAGGACGAGGCAUCCGUCGAACGUGCGCGCCCACGUUCGCAGGAUCCAUCCUGGACACGCCGUCUACGCGGUGGACAUAAAGAAAGGGGAAGAAUCGCAGAGUCCCGAAAACGAGACGAGCGCCGCGAGUCUUUCGGAAGACAAGUCUGAUCCUAAGCAAAGAAAUAUUAUCUAUAGUAUAGUAUAAUAUAAUAUAAUAUAAUAUAA